AUGGCACUACUUUAUGGAUUUUCUAUGAGGUUCAGACCAAUUAAUCAACAGAUACUGUUAUGGACAUGGAGAUCAAGAUUGCAUAGGAGUGCCAGCCUCAUUGGAUGUAGAGAAACUCCUCAAGCUAUACAUGGAAAUGUAUUUUCACAUUUGUCUGUUAAAGUCAGGCAUCCACAGGUACAAAGCCAAAAUACAUUCUGUUCAUCUGCUUCUGACACCACGACUGAUGAGAAGAAAUUUCAUGUGAUCUACAAGUUUCCUGGAAUACGCAUGUGCAAGGCUGUGUCCAGACUGAAGAUUCUGCAGACAAUGUUGACUUUUACAGCCCUUCCACCUGUUUAUUAUUACUAUUUGCAAGGGCAAGUUUCAGAGUUAGUUUUUUAUUAUUUCACUGGAUUAACUGUGUUUGCUGGAGUUAUGCUGUAUAGCAUUACGUAUUAUUUACAGAGAAUUAUAGGGAUGAUUUAUGUAAACCAAGAAGCAACAACUCUGAAGAUUUCUCACUUGACAUUUUGGGGUAAAAGAAAAGAUAUUUUUUUACCUGUUGAAGAUGUGAAAGUGCUGUCAGAAACUGGAGACAUAAAAGGGGAAGUUUUCCUUCAGAUCAGAAGAUACAGCAGUCCAGAUGUUUUGUACAUAACCAAACACUACGGCCAGGUUAUGGAUAAGGAAAAGUUUCAAUUUAUAUUUGGAGAAAUAAAAUAA